AUUUUCUAUUCAUUAAGCCUAUACUGAAAGAACUUAUACUGCAUUCAAUAUGGUCACCAUCACCGCCAAAUCUGAGGCAGCUUCUGCUACUUCCCCUAUUUCUUCCAAUACUAUCACUACUACCCUCAACGGGGUAGGCGAUCCCAAAAGUAAAGAAAAAGAUCUUCAACUUCAAGAAAAAGAAGAAGAAGAAGAAGUUUCGAAAGAAAUGAAAGCAUACAACUCCUCCAACGGCGUAACCAGCCAACUCUGCACCUGGAUCGCCUCCCUCCAGCUGGACGACAUCCCAGAUUCUGUCCGCACCCGCGCUAAAUACCUCUUCCUCGAUGGCAUUGCCUGUGCCCUCGUCGGUGCGCGCGUCCCAUGGUCGCAGAAAGCAUUUGACGCGAUGACUGCCUUCGAGGAGAGGGGGAAGCAUGUGGUCAUUGGCUAUGAAGAGCGCCUCGGUGCCAUCGCCGCCGCAACCCUCAACGGCUCCUGGAUCCAAGCCUGCGAAGUAGACGACUACCACAGCGUGGCGCCUUUGCACUCCCAAGCCGUGGUCAUCCCUCCUCUCUUCGCGGCAACCGUCAGUGCGCGGGACCAUCCGACCACCCCGCGCAUCAUCGACGGACGAACACUUCUUCUUGCCUCGGUGGUGGGGUUCGAGAUUGGUCCCCGCGUCGGCAUGGCGCUGCACGGCACCGAGAUGCUCGCGAAGGGAUGGCACUGCGGUUCUGUUUUUGGUGCACCAGCGGCUGCAGGUAGUUCCGCGAAACUCCUCGGUUUGUCGGCGGGACAAAUCGAAGAUGCGAUCGGAGUAGCAGCGACGCAGGCAUGCGGGCUCAUGGCGGCGCAGUACGACGGGAUGGUGAAGCGGAUGCAUCACGGGUUCGCGGCGCGGAAUGGACUGUUGGGAACGAUGUUAGCGUGGGGAGGAUACGAAGGGAUCAAGAAGGUGUUUGAGCGGCCGUAUGGAGGUUUUCUGGCAAUGUUUGGACUAGGGUCGAAGCAUACGCCUAGUUCGAAGCCAGAGGAGGUGGCGAAGGAUUUGGGGACGUUUUGGCAUACGGCGGAAUGGAUUCGGUUGAAGUUGCAUGCGUGCUGUGGAGGGAUUCAUGGCACGAUUGAGUGUCUGGCGGAGAUGCAGGAGAUGUAUCCGGAACGACUUGGACGGGAGAAGUUGGGAGAGAUCAAGGAGAUUCGGAUUCAAUUGAGUGAUGCGGUGUUUCAUCACUGUGGAUGGGCGCCGGAGACGAGGCCGUUGACGCCGACGGGGGCGCAGAUGAAUACGGCGUUUGUGGCGGCGUCACAGUUGGUGGAUGGACAGGUGUUGUUGGAGCAAUUUUCGUCGGGGAAGCUGGAUCGGGAUGAGGUUUGGGAGUUGAUCGGGAAGACGAGUUGUGUGCAUACGACGGAGUUGGAUCAGCCGAAUAUUGGGUGCGGUGCGUUGAUUUCGAUCACGUUUGCGGAUGGUAGUCAGGUUCAGCAUUCGUUGUUGAAGCCGAAGGGGGUGGACGAACGGAUUUCGAAUGAGGAGAUCUUGGAGAAGUUUCGUCGGUUGACAGGAGGGUUGAUUGGGGUGGAGAGGCAGGAGAAGAUUGAACGAGCUGUGCUGGGGAUGGAGGAGUUGCAGGAUGUGAACGAGUUGAUUGAGUUGCUGAGUGUGAAUGUGGUCAAUCCGUUGCAGUAGUGAAUUAGUUCUCUUGUUUGUUUUGUAUGGCGUUGGUUGUGGUGGGAUGCUAUAUUAAGUAACUAGCAAGUCAUUCAACAUGGUCAGAAUCAUUUUGCCAACUAGUAGUCAUUCUAAUCUGUGUACAGGAAAGCGAAGAGUGCAGGAUGGUUGUUUAUCUCCUAUUGAUGAGUCUGUUGAAGACUAUCCAGAUCACAGCUGGCAUACGAUAAUAAAUACGUUUGAGCAUCAUACAUCAUUAUAUCUCUGGUAGCUACCAUAGCCAUCCAUCAUCACCUCGAGGUCAGUAUCCCAGAAACAUGCGUCGCCAUGACCUAUGGAAUGGCUAUUCCCUGUCAAUGGCCCCAGCUCACGGCUUGGUUCGGAAUGAUGCGGUGCUGGUGUUUGUGCUAGAAGACUUCGCUCGUGCUGCAGAAGCGAAGUAGCAACCUGACU